AUGUCAGAUUCAGGAGAGACGACGGUUUCUUCUCCGGAGUUUCUCUCCCAGAGCCGUGGACCAUCUAUCAGAGGUGUCGUGUGGGUUUCUGUGGUUUGCUCAACUAUAAUCGUCAUAAUGAGAGUGCACACUCGCAUCUUUCUACGCAGGGUGUUUGGGAUUGAUGAUUGGUUUAUUGUAUUGGCCAUGGUGCUCAUCGUCGCAUACGGCGCAAUCGUCGAGCUUGCCGUUCAAAAGGGCCUCGGCCGACACCUACAAUGGCUUCUCAUGGAAGCCCCUGAGAAUCUCGUCGCCGUGGCUUUCCUGGGCCAGAUCUCCCAGCCGUUCGUCGUCAUGUCCUGCGCCAUGGGCAAGGUCUCCUUCUCCUUGACUCUCAUGCGUCUGGCCGCCCAGCGUUGGAUUCACACUCUGCUGUGGUUCCUGGUCAUCUCCAUGACGACGCUGCAUAUUCUCAUCUCCAUCAUUGUCUUUGUGCGCUGCAAAGACCCUAGAUCUACUUGGGACACUACCAUCAUCAGUGAGUGCUGGCAUCCCGAGACAUACCUGAACGUCAUGUACUUCAUCGGUGCGUACUCCGCCGCGACCGACUUCAUCCUCGCCCUCCUCCCCUGGGCCAUGCUCUGGAACCUCAACAUGAAGAAGAAGGAAAAAUUCGGCGUAGCAAUCGCGAUGAGUCUUGGUGUCUUCGCGGGCACCACGGCCAUCAUCAAGUGCACCAAGCUCCGCGCCAACGCGACGAGCAAGGACCCGACCUUUGACGUUGGCGAGCUCCUCUGGUGGGCCGGCGCCGAGAACGGCCUCAUCAUCACCGCCGCCUGCCUCCCAACCCUCCGCCCUCUCAUGCGCGCCAUGUUCCCCUCCACCGUCCGCUCGAGCGGGAAUAAUAACAACUCGUACCCGCUCAAGAACGUGUCCAACAACGUGAACAUGUUCACACCCAAGAAGCAGGGCCAGUGGACCGCCAUCAUCGAGUCCGAGGCGGGGCAGCCCGACACGGGGACCUUUGAGGUGAAUGUCUCGUAUCAGCAGAAUGGCCAGAAUGUAUAA